GGACGGGCGAACCCGAAAUCCGAACACCGGUAGCGCCGCAAAAGGAACCGUCCAGGGGGCGUCGAGGAAUCGGAGGGCGACGGAGACGGCGGCGGUUGUGACGUAUGAGCAUCCAGCUGUCGACGGCGAGGAAUUGAAUCUGGAGGCCGAGGAGAUCAUCAGGAAUAGUUUUAACGAGGAAGGGGUUGGAGAGAGGAGAAUGGAUGAUUUUGAUAGUGGAGGGAAGAGCGCUGAUAAGAAUCCAGAGCCUGAGGAUGAGAGCGCAGCUCCGUUGCCUGAAAAGGUUCAAAUUGCAAAUUCACCAGUAUAUAAAAUUGAAAGGAAACUUGGAAAAGGGGGAUUUGGACAAGUGUAUGUUGGUCGUCGUAUUUCAGCUACUAAUGCAAAUGAUAGGAUAACAGGGUCGGGUGCUAUUGAGGUGGCACUAAAGUUUGAACACAGAAGCAGUAAAGGUUGUAACUAUGGACCACCUUAUGAAUGGCAAGUAUACACUACUCUUGGUGGUAUUCAUGGGGUGCCUCAUGUCCAUUACAAGGGGCGUCAAGGGGACUAUUAUGUCAUGGUGAUGGAUAUGUUGGGCCCUAGUUUGUGGGAUGUCUGGAAUAAUAACUCUCAUGCAAUGUCAACAGAAAUGGUUGCUUGUAUUGCUAUUGAAUCAAUCUCUAUUCUAGAGAAGGUGCAUUCUAAAGGAUAUGUGCACGGGGAUGUAAAGCCUGAGAACUUUCUACUUGGACCACAUGGGAGUCCUGAGGAGAAGAAACUCUUUCUUGUCGAUCUUGGCUUAGCCACUAGAUGGAAGGAUAAUUCUACAGGUCAGCAUGUUGAGUAUGAUCAAAGACCAGAUGUUUUCAGAGGAACAGUGCGUUAUGCUAGUGCACAUGCUCAUUUAGGAAGGACAGGGAGCAGGAGAGAUGAUUUAGAAUCUCUUGCUUACACACUUGUAUUCCUUCUUCGUGGCCGCUUACCUUGGCAAGGUUAUCAGGGAGAAAAUAAAGGAUUCCUUGUCUGCAAGAAGAAGAUGGCGACAUCCCCAGAGAUUCUGUGUUGCUUUUGCCCUCAUCCAUUCAGACAAUUUCUUGAGUAUGUUGUCAAUCUGAAGUUCGAUGAAGAGCCUAAUUAUGCCAAGUUCAUUUCUCUUUUCGAUGGCAUAGUGGGUCUAAAUCCAGAUAUUAGGCCGAUCAACACUGAUGGUGCUCAAAAGCUUAUAUAUCAGGUAGGUCAAAAGAGAGGCCGACUAAUGAUGGAAGAAGAAGAAGAUGAGCAACCGAAGAAGAAAAUUCGCAUGGGGAUGCCUGCAACACAAUGGAUUAGUGUCUACAAUGCGCGGAGACCUAUGAAACAAAGGUAUCACUAUAAUGUUGCAGACAGUAGGUUUGCACAGCAUAUACAGAAAGGAAAUGAAGACGGGUUAUUCAUUAGUUGUGUUGCUUCUUGUACAAAUCUCUGGGCUCUGAUUAUGGAUGCAGGAACUGGUUUUAAUGCUCAAGUUUAUGAGCUAUCACAAAAUUUUCUUCACAAAGAAUGGAUUAUGGAGCAGUGGGAGAAAAAUUAUUACAUCAGUGCAUUAGCAGGGACAAACAAUGGCAGCUCCUUAGUAGUAAUGUCUAAAGCUUCUCCUUCAGGUACCCAGUAUGCACAGCAGUCCUAUAAAGUUAGUGACUCAUUUCCGUUCAAGUGGAUAAACAAAAAAUGGAGAGAGGGGUUCUACGUUACUUCCAUGGCAACUGCAGGCACCAGAUGGGGAAUUGUCAUGUCGCGGAAUGCAGGCUUCUCAGAUCAGGUUGUUGAACUUGACUUCCUGUACCCCAGUGAAGGUAUUCAUCGAAGAUGGGACAAUGGCUAUCGCAUAACUGCAACUGCUGCUACAUGGGAUCAAGCUGCACUUGUUUUAAGUGUACCCAGAAGGAAACCUUCAGAUGAAACGCAAGAAACACUUAGGACAUCAGCUUUUCCUAGCCAACAUGUGAAGGAAAAGUGGGCGAAAAAUCUAUACCUUGCAUCUGUUUGCUAUGGUCGAACAGUUUCUUGAAGUUAAAAGUUUGUGAUGGCAAAGGCAUUGCUCGCUCAUGUUUUAGCGCUAUCUUCAACUUGGCGUUUUGGAGGUUAUUAAAGCCUGUUAGCAAGGGGAUUUCUUGCCAUCCUUUUGGGCUUUAGGGUUUAAAUAAUUUUGAUGUAUGAGCCUCACAUAUAGUUACCCAUCAUAUACUUCCAGUUACAACUAACACAUGUUACAGAGUCAUUGUCAGCAGUUUUGGUAUGCCCUUGCCUGACUGUAAAUAUAACUUGGGUGGGCAUCCUUAAUUAUCGGUCAAGUUUGUAUAGUUAUAGAUAUGUUCUUCACUUGUGACCAGGAGGUGGGUUUUAAUUUUUAAAUGUUUUAUACUUUUUGCUAACGUAAUAUGACAAUAAGUUAUCGAUGACAGUAGCUUAUUCUAUUGUUGUCAGUUUCUGCAGACUAAA